AUGCAGGGAUGGGACACCAGACCGGCAGACACCCCUUCCCAUCCCCGGCCUCUUGUGAACUCUGGAAGGUCUAGGGCUGCUGGGGUGCGCCUUGCGGGGAGUUCCCUUGUUCCAGUCACCGUCUGGAGGAGCAGAAGGCGCGGGGACACGCACGGGCACGUCUCCGCACUCCCUCAACUCAACCUCGGUGUCUUCGGCCUGCCAGCAAAGACAACCUCCGGAGCCCCGGGCCUGGGAGUUGUCGCCGCGCGGUCCCGCCUGACCCUGGCGGGGUCACAGGAGUCCGGCGCCGGGGGUGGCUCCAGCACGGCGCCGCGGGUCUGGGUGGGUGCCCCAGAGACUUGGCGGCUGCGCUACUGGGGAGGCGGAGGCGCACCCCUCCGCCCGCCAGGCAGCGCGGCCCGGGCCGCGCCCCCGCCCCACUCCCUUCGCGUUCUCUUCUCUGCAAAGAAAAGCCGGAGUUGCACCCUGAAAGCGCUUCCGUCCCCACCCAUCUCAGCCCGCCGCGCCCCAGGGGCUCCACAAAGUUGCUGCAAGUCGCCGGGUCUGCAGCUGCAGGCUUGGGGUGCCGAGAGCGCCCCCUCCCAGCCCCGCGCGUGCACGCCUCCCACGGACGCGCACCCUGCACCCCACCCUCACCGCUGCCCCCGAGGCUCCCGCCCAAUCAGAGGCCGCGCACGCGGCGCCUCCGGCGGGCAGACACCCCGGCUCUUCGGCCUGCGCCUCUGCGGCCCCGGCCCCGCCGCAGCGGCCCGGCCCCGCCACACUCACCGUCCGGGGCGCGCCGUCCGCGCGCGGCUCCGCUCCGAGCCGGCAUCCCCCGGCUCGGCUGCCUCCGGUCCCCGCUCCGGCUCCGGUUCCCGCUCCGCAGGGCUCGGCUCCGCGAUGGUGGCCGCGGCGGCGAGCGCGGCAGGGAGGGCGUGUGUGUGCGCGAGGGCGCGCGGCGUGUGCGUGUGCGUGUGCGCGGGAGGGUCCGGGCUCCCCUGCGCGCCCCGCUCCUACCUCCUGUUCGCCACGCCGAGAUGCCGGCAGAAUCCCUACCGCGCGCCUCACCGCCCUGCGCUCACAUUCGCGCACACACACGCACACUCGGGCGCGCACUCCCCGGCCGCCGUACACCGGCUCGGCACUCCCGGCUCGCCCUCCUGGGGCGCUCACAAAGGCCCCCCUGCUGGGCGGGCCGGAACCCUCGGAGCCCGGCCCUGCGCCCUUACUGGACCCGCCGGCCUCAGGUGUCCCGCUGCUCCCGGUGGGGACAGCGCGGGUGGCCCCGCUCCCAGCCCGAACCCCGGCCCUGGUGCCUACUCGGGCUUCCAGUACUCCCGCCCGAAACGCGGGCCCCUUCCUCUGCGCUGCCGCCCUUCUUACCCCUUCCAGCCCGUCCUCUCCGGCGCCUCCCCGCCUUCUCCCACCUGCCCAGCCCGGUCCUCCGUCUCCCCGCUGCUCUCCGUCUGUCUCGCCGCCGCCCUCUCCCGCGCCCCCUCCUCCCCACCGCCCUGCGCUGCCUCUCACAUUCUCCGCAUUACAGCGGGUGCCGCCCGCCGCUCGCGGGGCCCAGGGUUCGAGCGCGCAGUGGGCGGCGAGGGGACCCGCCGCGCCCGGCCCCGCCGCCCCCUCCGCUCUUCGCCGCUCCGCGGCUGCUAGCUCCGGCCUGGCGCUAGGGUGGCGACGUCCCGCGCUAGCCCAGGCUGCCGCUGACAGCGUUCAUCUCGCCCGGGCUUAAAGGGAUAGCACACCCGGCUCGACCGGCCCCACCCGGGGACGCCGGGGAGGGGGCCUCGCCGCGCAGGAGCAAUCCGGGUCGGUGGCGCAGCCGAGGCCGUGCGGGCGACGCCCUGUCCACCGCCGUGGAGCCCGGCCCUCGGGGCUGGAGAAAUCCAGAGCACUGACAAGCAGAGAGGAGUGAGGCCACAAGAAACCGGCCACCAGAGACCAGCCCUCGAUCUUGUCUUCUAAAAGCCUUUCCUUCUCAAGUUUGGGUCUGGGCGGGCCAGAUCCAAAGCCUUCAAGUCCUGUGGAACUUCCAAGCCUGGAAGUCAAGGCGAAGGAAGAAGAGCCUCACCCAUUGGGAGGGAGAGGGGAGUGGCAGAGACCCAAAGUGAGACGGAGACGUCAGCCUAACAACCACAUGGCAGCCACCACUAGGAAGCACUCACAGCAAGCACACGUGCUCAGCCUGCACUACAUUUCCUCAUGUUACUCCUCUAAACAACCACAUCAAGGCACUGUCAGACCCAUACACGAGGCUAACUGUGACUCGCCAAGGUCGUGGCCUGUAAACCUCAGAGCCAAGAUUUAAGCCUGGGUCUUUCUGGCUGUAAAGACUGUGCUAGGAACCACCAUGAAAAAGAAGGAAGAAGGGGGAAGAUGGUGCCAAAGCUCAGCCUCUCCUCAAGGUCCCAGACUGCCUGGCCCAGGGCAGUGGGGCCUCCAACCUCCCAAACUAAUACUUUCUUAGACAGCGUGCAGACACUCUGAUGGCUUACAAGCCCGAGGAAUAUCUGUCUCUUCCCAGCAUUUCACCCUGGAGGAAAGACCAGGGGUACCAUGGGAAAAAGCUGGCCAUGCAUCAGAAUGGGGGCAGAAUGCCUGGGGUAAAAAAUGAAACAUUUUUACAACAGCAAAUACAUGCCGACCACUGCUCUAAGUUA